AUGGACAUUAGUAAUAAAGAUACUAAUAGAAGUCGUGAUGGUGUAAGAGGUGGAUAUGAAAGAUUUAAUUGGACUUCUUUGAAAUCUAUACCUACUAGUGAACGAGAGCAUUAUCUUGGUCAAAGUAUGCAGGUUGGAAUCGCAACUAGAGGUGGAAAAUUUUAUAGACAUGAUUGGUACUAUAAAGGAGGAGAUAUUAGAAGGACAAUAGAUAGAUCAACAAUAAGUGAUAAGAUGGGAUCAAAUAAAAAUGUAGCCACUUCCAAUAUUAAGGAUGAAAAACUUUUAGUUAAACAAUAUGAAGAUCAGUACAUCUCCAAACUUUUAGGUGUAAAGAGUAGUUUUAAAAAAGAAGAGAUUGAAGAUUUAAGGAAUACACAAGCAAAAUCUAAAUCCUACACUAAUGAUAGAACUACCAAAAUUUAUGAUUUAACUUCGAGUGAAAGACAUAUAAGGUCCGAUAAAUGCUAUAAAGAAGUUAGAUCUAAAGUUUCCAAAUCUAAACAUACAUAUAGAUCCUUAAGUCGGUCAAUAUCUCCAAAUAAAAUUGUAUAA